CAUAAUCCCGUUAGGCGAGUCUCAUCCUAAUCCAGCCAGAACAUCGCUGUCCGUCCUGGGCUCUUGUGUCCCUGUCAGGUAUGCUGCUGCACCACUGAACAUACAGGAUGUUUAACUGGGUGGUGAAAGUGGUUCCUCAGCCCCCUGACGCCCCUGGCUCUCUGGGACAGGAGACAGUCAAUCCCACACCUGCAUCCCUACAAAAAGUGUCUAAAGGUGAAGUCAAAAAAGAAGUCAAUGCAAAACCAGCCAAACUGAAGGAAGAGGAUAUUUCAGAGGACAAUGGUAUUCAGAGUCAGAGUGGAGUGAUGACCUGGCUCUCCAAUGGCUUCACCAGUGCUCUGCCUCAACCAACAGGCAGCCCUAACCUCAGCAGAUCCAACUCUGUAUCCAGGUUACUGCAGGAGGUACAAAGAGAGGAUGAAAGGAAUGGGGUGAUUAAGUGGAUUGCAGAGGGACUGAGCAAGGUGGUGCCUCAGCCGGAUGACAAGUACAGAGAGGAUAUUCGAGAGGAGGAGGAGGAGACAGAGGUUUAUAACAUGAAAGAUGUGCCAGACGCAGAGCCCCUCCCACACAUACCUGUGGUGGAGAUCUUUUCAGACGAUGAGGAAGAGGAUCGGGUACCACAGUUCCCCCUCAAAGUGGUUAACUGGAUUAAGAAUGUUAUUCCUCAGCCUGUGAUGCUCCCUGCAGGUUACGUAGAGGCCCAGAGUAAGGCUCAGAGCAAGAGGUCAUCUCUUGACAAAGUUUUGUCGCCACCUCCUGAGUCUCUCAAAGGUGACGAGGACUCACAAAACUCCAAUGUCGUGGGCUGGUUUGUGACGGGCCUCGGCCUCAAGAUGCCACAGCCUGUCGCAAGAUCAAGAGAUGACGUUGAAGUUGUGCAGAAUAUCUCUAAACAACCCAAAGCAGUGGAUCUGGUUCUGGAGGAAGUAGUAGAAGCAGACUUGAAGGAUCUGAAUCAGGAAGUGCCAUCCAAGGCUAUGCAGUCAGAACCACCACAGCCUUUUAAGCCCGCACAGACGACACAGCCAACACAGACGACGCAGUCACAGCCGGCACAGCCAAAACAACCAGUGAAACCAGAAGAGCCUGAACAGACUCUUCCAAAUGUGCCAGAGUCUACAACACCAUCGCUGGAGGAUGCUGAGACUCAGACGGGCAGGUGGACUCCCUUCAUAGAGAGCAUCAAGAGAGAGGCUGAGGGCGUAGCUAUGGCUACCAUGGAGGAACGGAUGACCCAGGAGCGCGUGGAUUUGGUUCGAAUGGCAGAGGAGGUGGCCAGACACACAGCUGAGACAGCCAUCAGGCAGAUGCAAGAGGCACAAUCAAUCAAGCUUUCCAUUCACAGCCAGGAAGCCAUUCUGGAAGAAGACGAGGACCCAGAGUGCCAGGUGUGUAAGGAGCAACCAGUGGAUGCAGCAAAGAGUGCCGCUCAGUCAGAGCGCGACUUUGCAUCACCCGACGUUGAACCAGAGCCCCAGGAAGAGCUAGAGUCCCAGAGGGCCUCUCCAUCCCCUCCUCCCAGCCCAGAACCAGAUCCAGUCAAGAGAGCAGAGCCUGAACCUAAACCAGAGCCCCAGGAAGAGCUAGAGUCCCAGAGGGCCUCUCCAUCCCCUCCUCCCAGCCCAGAACCAGAUCCAGUCAAGAGAGCAGAGCCUGAACCUAAACCAAAGGCCCAGGAUGCCAAAGUAGCACCUGAACCGGUGACCCAACAACCACAGAAAGCAGAGGGGGCAGAGGACGGAACCGCACCUGACACCACUACCAAGGAGGAGGGGGAGACUGCAGAGGGGGGUGGCUGUGGUGCGAGCUCCAGGCUCAGUGUGCACCCUGCUGUCAACGUGGAGGAUGUGGAUUCAGGCGGAGGGGGGCACCGUCGACACAUUCGCCAAAUCCUCACCCCCCAGGACCCUAACCUCAAGACCCUGACCGUACCCAGAGUGUCCAAAGCCAGCCGCCAGAGCAAAGUUGCCGAUAAAGAAAAGAACCUGCACUCUCAGAGUGAGGAUGAUGAUGAAGAGGAGACUGAGACCGCAGUGAGGGCGUGGCCUAGCCAGUCCAGCAUCCUCAGUGGAGACGAUGGGCUAAAGGAGCGACCUGCGUCGUCCGCUAGCCAGGCCAGCUACGUGGUGAACGAGCGCCUACAGGAGCUGGUCAAGAUGUUUAAGGAGAGGACCGAGAGGGCCAAAGAGAAACUCAUAGACCCAGAUGACUCUGAUGAUGACAGUCCCACUGCCUCCCCUGCGAGAGCUCCAACACCUCCUCCUGCACCUCCAGAGGAGCCGGAGGAGGAAGCACAACCAGCCUCCCCUGAGAGGGAGAUGGAGGAGCAGCAACCCCAGUCUAGACUGUGUUGCAAGGUGACGCCUCCUCGCUGGAUCAGAGCCCUGCUUCAGUACCGCUUCCCCUCUAGCAUCGACCCCUUCACCAAUCUGGUCUAUGUGCUGUGGCUAUUUUUCGUCACCUUGGCGUGGAACUGGAACGUGUGGCUGAUCCCGAUGCGCUGGGCCUUCCCCUACCAGACCCCUAGUAACAUCUACCUGUGGCUGCUAGCCGACUACCUGUGUGACCUCAUCUACAUCCUGGAUAUCAUGGUCUUCCAGCCCCGCCUGCAGUUUGUCCGCGGUGGCGACAUAGUGUUUGACAAAAAGGACAUGCGAAAGAAUUACAUGAAAACUUUCCGGUUCAAGAUGGAUGUCAUCAGUCUUGUGCCACUGGAGUUGUUCUAUUUUAAAACUGGGAUCAACCCACUCCUCCGCUUCCCACGGCUACUAAAGGUAAUGUCUUUCUUCGAGUUCAACGACCGUCUUGAGGCCAUCCUGACCAAAGCCUACGUUUACAGAGUGAUCCGGACCACCAGCUACCUGCUGUACUGCCUCCACUGUAACGCCUGUCUGUUCUACUGGAUCUCUGCGUAUGAAGGUCUGGGCUCCACGAAGUGGGUCUAUGAUGGAAAGGGCAACAGUUACAUCCGCUGCUACUACUUUGCUGUGAAGACUCUGAUCACCAUUGGUGGACUGCCGGAGCCCACAACGCUCUUUGAAAUCAUCUUUCAGCUCAUCAACUACUUUGUUGGAGUGUUUGCCUUUUCCAUCAUGAUAGGACAGAUGAGAGAUGUGGUUGGUGCAGCCACUUCCGGACAAACGUACUACAGAGCAUGCAUGGACAACACUGUCAAAUACAUGGCCUCCUACCGUAUCCCCAAAGACGUGCAAAACCGGGUCAAAACCUGGUACAACUACACCUGGCAGUCCCAGGGCAUGCUGGAUGAACAGGAGCUUCUGGUCCAGCUCCCAGACAAGAUGAGGCUGGACAUCGCUGUGGAUGUCAACUAUGACAUUGUCAGUAAAGUCUCUCUCUUCCAGGGUUGCGACAGACAGAUGAUCUUUGACAUGUUAAAGAGUCUGAGGUCUGUCGUUUACCUCCCGGGGGACUAUGUCUGCAAAAAGGGCGAGGUUGGACGGGAGAUGUACAUCAUCAAGGCCGGGGAGGUGCAGGUGGUGGGCGGGCCAGACGGAAAGACCGUGUUUGUCACACUGAAGUCGGGGUCAGUGUUUGGGGAAAUCAGCUUGCUUGCAGUGGGUGGAGGAAACAGGAGAACAGCCAACGUAGUGGCUCAUGGCUUCGCCAACCUGUUCAUCCUGGACAAGAAGGACCUCAAUGAGAUUUUAGUGCAUUACCCCGAGUCUCAGAAGCUGCUCCGCAAGAAGGCCAGGAAUAUGCUGACAAAAGACAAGAAGCCGAAGGAGCCGGCCCAGGUGAUCCCUCCUCGGACAGAGACACCCAAGCUACUCAAAGCUGCUCUGGAGAUGGCUCAUCAGAAAACAGGCCUCAAAAGGACCCUUGCAAAGAUUAAGGAGAACACCAACAUAUCCAGUAUUUCGCUAGAGCCCUCAAUGUCCUCCUCCCUGACCCCCCUGUCCCCAGUCACUCCAGUCUCCAGUCUGGACCCAGAGCGCAAGUCUAGCAUCAUGUCCCCAACCUCAGACAGCUCCACGUGGCUCCACCCCGCCUCCCAUUGUCACAGAGGUGAGACGCUGUCCAAGGAGCAGGACAACGUGGCGGAAGAAGAGGCAGGAGAGAGUGGGAAGAGGAAAGAAAAGAGAAAGCCAUGAGUUGUCUCCAAAAGCUUUAAGAGGCAGUCUUCAUGUGGAGAAAUGGAUGCAGUUGUUUAUCCCUCUGUACUCUAUUGCAGAGAGGAAGACCAGAGAGAAAAGCCAUGGGUCCUAAAGAUCAUCCAAUUAUGUCUCAGGAGUCACAGUCACAGUUCCUGUUCCGUUAUACCUAUAGACUCUUCUUCUUUUUUUUUUACCUCACUGACUGUCUUAUCCCCCUGACACUUAUGUAUAGGGCCUAGGCUACCUAAUUCCACAGGGAUGACGAAACAGGUGCUAAACUGAUGUCUUCGACAUUGCACUAUAUGUUUGUGUUUACAAUCCCAGGGGUAAAUGUACCAAUCAGCAAUAAUUGACACAUACCAUCUCAUUACGGAGAUAACAAAGAGGUCACACAGGGUAGAGCUGUAUGUGUGUGUGUGUUGGUGAGGGGAGGUGUCUCUCCAGGUCUUCUGUUAUGUCUGCUUUCGGAAACAAAUUCAUUCUCUUAAACCCUAGUUUUGUUAAUUUCCUAUUUAUUCAGCAAGGGGAGGAUUGUGAUUGGGAAAUGCUAUAAAGAUGUUGGAAUGUGAGGAAAGAUUUUGCUGAUGUUUAUAAGAAAUGUUUACAUUUUGUAAAGAUGACCAGUUGUUUAUAGAGUUUUGUUCAAUGGAAUAUGUUAUUUUUGCCUUAUUUUUCAUGGCCCUUGAGGUAGUGUUUAGUGUUUCUGGGGUGAAUGGGUCAAAUAUGUAAAUGUUGAAAAGUGUACAGGCCUAGAUGUAAAAAAUGUAAACAAAUGUCAACAUGUAAAUCUAUAUAUUGUUUUGUAUGUGCACAGGUAGCAGUGCAGCUAAUUAUUUAAUCAAGACUGGUAUGCUGUCAGUUCACCAUGCCAGACAAUCAAAGAUUUACUUUUAAGCAGGGUAGCUAAUAAUUUUUCAGGGCUGGUAUGCUGUCAGUUCACCAUGCCAGACAAUCAAACAUUUACUUUAGAGCUAACAGCUGUAGCGAACAAAUUCAUUUGGAAUUUAGCUGAACAAAUUAUGACAAAGGUUACAACAGCUUUUGACAUGAGGGGUAUGUUUAAAAUGACUGUUUAUCUUCUUUCUUUUUUUUACAUGUACAUUACAUGUUUUUAAGUUUGAUAUUAUGAUAUUAUUGUUUCAUACUGUUAAUCAAAUGCUGUUUCAUAAGUUCUUGGCUUGUAAAUACAUUGUAAAUGGAAAACUAAAGGGUGUGUAUAUUCCAUUAGUUUUCACAGGGAAAUUCUUAGACCCUUGCGUGUUAGUUUUCAGAAAUCAAUGCAAGGUUUUACAUAAUUAUAUAGAUCCUAUAUUCCCACUUGGAAUACAUAGGGUCUAAAAACCAGCUACCGAAACUGCCAGACAAUCUGUAGAUUGAAUGUGAAUAUUGUUAUCGUGUUGGUUGACUACGUUCUUUAUGUGUGUUUAAAUGGUAUGUAUGGUGUCGGUCAGUGGUUCCCAACCUCUUUUGGUUAUUGUACCACCAACUGAAUUUUGCUCUGCCUGGAGUGCCCCAUGUGCAUUUUUACCAGUAGGUCUAUGGUCUCAUGAAUCUUCUCAAGUACCCCCUGUGGAUAGGCCCAGUACCCCCAGAGGUCUUAGUACUUCUCAUUGGGAACCACUGGUGUAGGUGACAAAAGCUGGCAGCAUGCAACACAUGCUGAGAAAAAUUGCAUUUGUGACUCAAGACGCAGCAAAUCUGAAUGCGUUAAUAUCACCAUGAUGAAUGUUUGAUGUUUUUGUGGAUUCUUUUCCAAAUAAAUCCUUAUGCGAUUAAAAAUGAA